UGAGGCCAGGGGAUGGGGCGGGGCGAGGUCGGAAUGCGCCUGCGUAGCGCGCGCUCUCGCCCCAGGAGCCGCAGUCUCGGGAGCGCCCAGGCGGUGUUUCGGUAUUCUCUGACUCGCCUCUCCCGCGAACCCGGCGUCAUUGGCCUGCACCCCGGGCGGGGACGUCCGCCGGGCACGGGAGGAAGCCACGAUGCCGAUCAAUAAAUCGGAGAAGCCGGAAAGCUGCGAUAAUGUGAAAGUGGUUGUGAGGUGCCGCCCCCUCAAUGAGAGAGAGAAAUCAAUGUGCUACAAACAGGCCGUCAGUGUGGAUGAGAUGAGGGGGACUAUCACUGUACAUAAGACUGAUUCUUCCAACGAACCUCCAAAGACAUUUACUUUUGAUACUGUUUUUGGACCAGAGAGUAAACAACUAGAUGUUUAUAAUUUAACUGCUAGACCUAUUAUUGAUUCUGUUCUUGAAGGCUACAAUGGGACUAUUUUUGCAUACGGACAAACUGGAACAGGUAAAACUUUUACCAUGGAAGGUGUUCGAGCUGUUCCUGAACUUAGAGGAAUCAUUCCAAAUUCAUUUGCUCACAUAUUUGGUCACAUUGCAAAAGCAGAAGGUGAUACAAGAUUUUUGGUUCGAGUGUCCUAUUUGGAAAUAUAUAAUGAAGAAGUUCGUGACCUUUUGGGCAAGGAUCAGACACAGAGGUUAGAGGUUAAAGAAAGACCUGAUGUUGGAGUUUAUAUUAAAGAUUUAUCAGCUUAUGUGGUAAACAAUGCUGAUGAUAUGGAUAGAAUCAUGACACUGGGCCACAAAAAUCGUUCUGUUGGUGCAACUAAUAUGAAUGAACACAGUUCCCGUUCCCAUGCCAUCUUUACCAUUACUAUAGAAUGCAGUGAAAAAGGCGUUGAUGGAAACAUGCAUGUCAGGAUGGGGAAGCUCCAUCUUGUAGAUCUUGCUGGUUCAGAAAGACAAGCAAAAACUGGAGCUACUGGACAGCGCCUAAAAGAAGCUACAAAAAUCAAUCUUUCGCUUUCCACCCUGGGUAAUGUAAUUUCUGCCUUGGUUGAUGGAAAAAGCACUCAUGUGCCUUAUCGAAACUCUAAGUUGACUCGGCUUCUUCAGGAUUCCUUAGGAGGCAAUUCAAAAACCAUGAUGUGUGCAAAUAUUGGGCCAGCAGAUUACAAUUACGAUGAAACCAUCAGUACAUUACGAUAUGCUAAUCGUGCUAAGAAUAUUAAAAAUAAAGCUAGAAUUAAUGAAGAUCCAAAGGAUGCUUUGCUUCGUCAGUUUCAGAAAGAAAUAGAAGAACUGAAAAAAAAGCUUGAAGAAGGGGAGGAAAUAUCAGGCUCUGAUAUCAGUGGAUCAGAGGAGGAGGAGGAUGAAGAGGGUGAGGUUGGAGAAGAUGGAGAGAAAAGGAAAAAAAGAAGAGGCAGUAGCAGCAGCAGUAGUUCAGACUCAACAUGUUCUGUCAUAGAGAAACCUCUGGAUAAGUUCUUGCCUAAUCAAGCAGGUAAAAAGAAAGUUUCCCCAGAUAAGAUGGUUGAAAUGCAAGCAAAAAUUGAUGAGGAGAGAAAAGCACUUGAAACAAAGCUUGAUAUGGAAGAAGAAGAAAGAAACAAGGCUAGAGCUGAGUUAGAGAAACGAGAAAAAGAUCUCCUUAAGGCCCAACAAGAGCAUCAGUCUUUGCUAGAGAAAUUAUCUGCAUUGGAGAAGAAGGUAAUUGUUGGUGGCGUUGAUUUGUUGGCGAAAGCUGAGGAACAAGAGAAACUUCUUGAAGAGUCCAACAUGGAACUGGAAGAAAGGAGGAAAAGAGCAGAGCAACUUCGCAGAGAACUUGAGGAAAAAGAGCAAGAACGCUUGGAUAUUGAAGAGAAGUAUACCAGUUUGCAAGAAGAAGCUCAAGGAAAGACCAAGAAGUUAAAGAAAGUUUGGACUAUGCUGAUGGCUGCAAAGUCAGAGAUGGCUGAUCUCCAACAAGAACAUCAGAGGGAAAUUGAAGGCCUCCUGGAGAACAUUCGACAACUUAGCCGGGAGCUUCGACUUCAGAUGCUUAUUAUUGAUAACUUUAUACCUCAGGAUUAUCAGGAAAUGAUUGAAAACUAUGUGCACUGGAAUGAAGACAUUGGAGAAUGGCAGCUAAAAUGUGUUGCCUACACAGGAAAUAACAUGAGAAAGCAGACUCCAGUUCCUGAUAAAAAGGAGAAAGAUCCUUUUGAAGUGGAUCUUUCCCACGUUUAUCUUGCCUACACUGAGGAGAGCCUGCGCCAGUCCUUGAUGAAAUUAGAGAGGCCACGGACUUCAAAGGGGAAAGCAAGACCAAAGACAGGGAGAAGAAAGCGUUCUACAAAGCCCGAAACUGUAAUUGACUCUUUACUUCAGUAAAUGUUACAGACUUAAAAGUCACAAUAAAAAUUAGUGAUACUCUCAUGCCUGGACAAAAUCAUUAAUAAAAACACUGAAGACUUUUGUGUCAUUUCAAAUAAUGGAAGCUGUAGAUCAUGGAGUAAGACUGGAACUAAUAAUUUGCCUGAUAACUUUUAGUCUAUAUAUAUUAAGUUAAUAUAACACUAAAAAUGUACAACUAGUAAUUGUUCAAAUUGUCAUAGUACUUUUCAGUUUGUACUGUGCAGGGAAGUUGAGGGAGCAGCUCAUUCUGUAGAGCAUUGCAAUUUAAAUGUAUACAAAAAUCUGCUAGUGAUUUAUUCAACUACUGUAUAUUUAGAUAGCCAGAUAUUCAAAACAAAAAAAAAAAAUGCAAGUCCUGUUGUGCACACAGAAAAGAGCAGGUAUAAUUGUCCUGUAUAUGUUUUGCUGUUAUAUAUGAAUGUAUGGGCUGUGAAUCUAAGAAAUGAUUCAAUCCUAACACCCCCCUGACCUUUUAAAAUAUAUUCUAAUUUUUAUACUUAACAUUCAUUGAAUUUAAAGUAUGAGAUGAGUGAACUUACUGAUACAUGGAAAAUUUUAUAAUUUGAUAGUCCGUCUUUAGAAGUAUACAUAUUUAAAAAGCAAAAGUUGAAAAUGCUUUUCAUCUGGACCUCUCUUGAUCUUUUUUGCCACUUUGACCUCAAGUUAAAUUGUUUGUUUGUUCUUGGUUUCAUGAUUCUUGAAACAUUGAAUUUGUACCUAAAUAUAAAGGAGCCACAGUUGCAGAAAAUUAAGAAGCUAAAUACUGACCACUAAUAUUUGCCUAUAUGUGUAUAUUUUUAAAAAUUCACUUUGAAGUGUGACUAACGGAUGUUUUCUUGUGUCUGCAUUAUAAAUUUUGAUGGAAACUGCUUUUUUUCUCCCAAUUGAGAAAGGUCUUCAUUUUCCAGCAAAUGCAGCCAAAGGAAGAAAAAUGUCUUUAAUUCUUUGCCAUUAAAACACUUAGUUUUGUUUUUCUUCAUAUUAUAAAGAAAAUACUCUUACCUGAAUUUCUUCCAUUGUUAAAUCCAGUUAGACCAUAACUCUAAAAUAAAAAUUAUUUUUAUUUUAUAGUGAAAUAAGUUGUAGUAGAUAGAAUUGUUUAUUAUUUUGUUGGCUGCUUACAACAUUUUUAUUUUUUUUAACAUUAUGCUACUCCAAAACCACUAUGUGCAUAUAUAUAUGUGUGUCUUUUGUGAGUUUUUAAAUUAUGUAAUCAGCCCUGAAACACAUUGGCUACAAGUUUUGAGACCUCAUAAAUGAGUAUUUAUUAAGUAAACAUUAUUUUAGUAAGUUUGGUUAAAUACUGGUUUAUAAUUACAAAGCUGUAUAGAGCAGGUAUGAGUGAAGGAGGCCUGCUUGUGAAGUGGUGGUAAAAAUGUGUCCAUAAGUUCAAAGUACAUUCCAAAGGUGGCGUACUCAGAUGUCCUGUGUAUGGUGGAUAUUUUCUAGGAAAUAAAAUUGCAUUUAACUGGCAACAUUUCCUUUGUAAUGUGUAGGAUAGUUAGACAUUUACAACUUGACUCUGUGGGGCAUUGUUUAGGUACUGUGAAGCCUUGAGGUGAAUUUGUGUCUUGUAAAAAAGCUUUGUGUGAGCAGAGUACCUUGGCAGUUGUAGAUAUACGUUUAACUCUGUUAGUGAUUAUUCUAGAGAAAUCUUAAUUGUCCCAGUAGAAAAAAUAUGACUGCUACUUAACCAUCCAGUUAAUAGAAGUGGAAUAAAGCUUUGCAUUAAGCUUUAAAAUGUUGUAGAAAAUGUAAGCCAAUCUUGUUAGAUUUUUUUCUUUUCCACACCAUUGCAGUAACAAAAAUCUAUAAAAAGUUAAAACAUUGAGAAAAUUUAAAAACAGGCAGCUUUAGCUUUUUUAAGGCAUUUACAUCAGAAUUGAUCAUAGCAGAUGGGCAUUAAAUAUUCAUCUUAUGUAAUACCAAAAUUAGAUAUUCAAGCCAGGUCUGAAUAUCUGUGUGAAAACAUGGGAGCCUGACUUAAGAGCUCUUCAUUUAGCUCCAGUCAUAGCAGUUCUGUGGUUUCUUCACGUUCACUUUUUGUCUUUGUUCACAAAGAGAAUAUUUUGUAACUUCAUUGUUAAUUUCAUGAAAGGAUAUGAAUGAACAGACUUACUCAUUAUUUGAAAUGAGGCAGAUUUAAAAUGAGUGUUACAUAUAAAUAGGUUAUUGAAUGGCUAUUUUUUCUCAUUAAUUUAAAAAAGUAAUGCUUAUUUAUUAAAAGAAACCUUGGUAGAAUGUGGUAUGUUCUUUAAUAAACCUGUAAUUAUAUAUAGUAAUAAUUAGGACAUUAGGAUAUAAUAGUUCCUGUUUUUGUUUAGAUUCUUGUGAAGUAUUAAGAUUCAUCAAGACUGCGGGGGCGUCUACAUCUAUUUGUUUUGUUCCAAAAGUAGCAUCCACUUGACAUGCUAUGUCAUCUACUUUCUGGGAAAAAGGACCUUGUUUUGCAGCAAGAAAUUUAAGGUUACUUUAGAGGAGGGGGCGGUUCUACUUCAACUGUAACAUGCUUUUAAAUUAUGGUUAUAGCUUUAGGUUGUUUUUGUUUUUUUCUUUUUAGUCCUUUAAAAUAUUUUCCCCCUUAGCUCUUAUCUUGAGGAAGGUCUCUCCCUUUCCUACAGGGCUGUGAAUUAAAGAUGGGUGGAGUUUACAUUUAAGUAUGCCAGUGUCUGACCAGUUUCUUAAUGUAUACAGUUGUUUUCCUUUUUACUUACUCUUUGAUCUUAAAAUGCUAGAAGAAAACAUAGAUCUUUCUAGUGCCUUUGAACUUAAUUGUAGUCUAAUUUAAACCAUUAAUAACUUCAGUAGCAUUACUACAACACUGUAUACUGGCCAAAAUUAUAAAUUGUAUGAUGCGUUUGUUGCAUUAAUUUCAAAAGCCACACUUUCCUUGUAUUUUAUGUAUAAAUUUUAUUUGUUCAAGUUGUAUAUAUUGUUAUUGUAUGUACACAUACAGCAUGGUUAAAUAAGAAAUAAAAAUCUUUACCUAAUGCGUGGAA